AGCUUGGAUUGAUCGAGUAUGGAAACCUCAGAUAUGGUUCAUUGGAAGACAAAUAAUCAAGGAAACACUACAAGCCCUCCGCUUUCAACCAGCCAAUCAGUGGUGCUUGCCAGUUUGGCAUCAGUCUAUUUCAUAAUCGUAUUUGCUUCCAUAUUUGGCAACUCCGUGAUCAUCCACAUCAUCCGUACGGGUCACUCUUUGAAAACCACCACCAAUUACCUUAUCCUCAAUCAAGCAUGCGCAGACUUGAUCAUUACGUUCACUGUAAUGUUAAGCAUGCUAGGUGAUAACCUAUUUCAAAGAAGGUGGUUCGGCGGAGACUGGGGAUUACCUAUGUGCAGGCUACUGGUGUGGUUUCAUUUUCCAGCGGAGUACUGUUCGAUCUGGAGCCUCGUUGCCAUAGCCGUUGACCGCUAUUAUGCAGUGGCUCGCCCUUUGCAGUUUUCCCCUUUAUCUCACCAUACAAGGCUGGUAGUUUCCUUGAUUUGGGUGUGGUCUCUGUCUUCAGCAGCUGGAACGAUUUCUAUGGCCAAACUUAUCUUCGUGGAGGGAACUGGCCACUUUUGUGUCGUGGAUUAUUCUCAUGUUGAGCUGUCCGCAGCGAACGUUGUAAGCAUCUGCGUGUUGCUGUUUAACUUUGUCGUUCCUCUUUUGGCCAUGGCGGUACUCUAUUCAAUUGUGUGUUCUCGUUUGUUGUCUCGAGAAGUGCCUGGCGAUGAAGCUGGUCACAGUGCAAGGCACGCAGAAGCCAUGAAGACAGCAAAGAAAGUUAACCGAAUGAUGAUCAUCGUUGUUGUUUCAUUUACUCUAUGUUGGUUUCCUUUUUUCAUAUUUGUUGGUUUGGACAGUUUGCAUAAGAUUGAAAUUCCAUAUGCAGCACUCAAAUUUGUGGUGUGGUUGGCAAACGCUUAUAGUGCAAUUAAUCCUUACAUCUACUUGUCAUUUAGCGAUAAAUUUCGAAAGGAAUUUAUGAUUAUUCUGAACAAAUGUCGGAGCAGUUUUAGCUGUGGGUAAGAAUCUUUUAUCCUGCUAGCUACUGUCCUGUACCAAUAAAAUGGCAUGGCUGGUAUCGUCACUUUUUGCUUCUUUCUUAUCUAUGACUUUGGGUUUGUGCUUG